AUGUUGCACCAACGUGCGGCGCAGAUCAUCGCCAGUCCGGCACUGCGGCAGCGUGAGGUGGAGUUUACGAAGUCGGCGUGGCUCGCCGGACUGCGGCCCGACCAGCGCAAGCCGCAACAGCUCCGGGACGUGACGGUUGAGUUCCCGUUGCUCUCGCGCGAUGUUGUGUGUGUGCGCUGCGGCGGCACUGUCGUGACGGCCGCUGUUGCGUGCACACUGGUGGAGCCGUACCCGUACCGGCCCAAACACGGCAUGCUCGAGUUCUCCGUGCGGCAGCCGCACACGGAGCGCGACAGCACCGGCAGGGCGGCAGAACUGAAAAAGUUGGCCGCCUUCCUUGAGCGGCUUCUCAAGGCUGGCGGCGCCAUCGAUACGGAAAGUCUCUGCGUGCUUCCGGGCCGCCGCGUGUGGAGUCUGCGUGUCGAUGUCGUUGUACUCAACGACGAUGGAAACGCCGCAGACGCGGCGGCGUGGGCCGCUGUCGCAGUGCUCCUGCACUACCGCCGGCCGGAGGUCACUGUGCGCGGUGACACCGUCACGCUGCACGCGCCACACGAGCGCGAGCCGGUGCCAUUGGCGCUGCACCA